AUGCUUGCCAACGGGCUGCUUACCUACGCCACCACACCGCCGAUGCUGAUCGCGUCGAGACCCGUCGAGAUGCCGCUCUCGAUUCUCCUCGGACCACCCAACCUUGGGAGUGUGAACUCGUCGCCAUCGAGCCUCGCUUCUCCACCACCACCACCACCGCCGCCACCAUCGCAAUCCCGUGCGAUGUUCUCGCCGUCGGCGUCAUCGGCGUUUCGGCCGAUCGCGCCGCGCCAACGUGCCGUCAAUCCCGUCGACGAGUUCUACAAAUCCACAAUUCAAUCGCUCGUCGUCUCCACUUCCGAUGAUCAGUUCAGCGAAUCGUGGACUUCCGAAGGUGAGCACAGCGGCAAAGACGAGAACUGCUCGACGUCGAACAACAACGGCACACUUUUGUGCCAAGUGUGCUCGGAUCGCGCCAGCGGAUUCCACUACGGUGUGUUCGCGUGCGAAGGCUGCAAGGGCUUCUUUCGACGCUCAAUUCAGCAAAAAAUCAGCUAUCGCGCGUGCGCCAAGACCGAAGAAUGCCUGAUACUGCGAAACAAUCGCAAUCGAUGCCAACACUGUCGCCUGAAGAAGUGUCUCGCCGUCGGAAUGUCGAGAGAUGCUGUCCGAUUCGGACGGGUCCCGAAGCGCGAAAAGGCGCGAAUGUUCGAGGAGAUGCAAAAAACGAAUGUGCAAUCGCAGCGGGACCAAAUCGCCGUCCAAUACGAGAACAUCAACGAGACGGUCGCCAAGGUCAAUCAAGCGUUCGGCAAUCUUCAAGCCACGAUCGAGAAGUGCUCGCUGUUGACGAUCGGCGAGCCGUGCCCGAUUUCGACCAGCUUUCUCAUCAUCCCGCUGAAGGCGGCCAUCGAUUUCGCCAACACCGUGCCGGCGUUCCUCUCGAUUCCGCAAAAUCAACGCAUUUAUUUGUUACAGAACAGCGUGUUCGACGUGAUGCUCAUCUGCUCGUCGUGCAAUCCGGCGUUCAACGCGCCCGACUCGUCGCCGCUCGUCGCCGCCGCGUUCGCCUCGAUCAUCGCCCGCGUGCGCCAAAUGAGCCCGUCGGCGAUCCCGUGGCUCAUCGCGAUCGCCAUCUGCCAAUCGGACUACAUCGAUGAGAGCUCGCUGAGCAGCCUGCUCGCCGAACGCCUAUGGCACGUGUUGGCGCGCGUCGGCGGCGCCGCCUCGCUCGCCGCCGCCCCACACCUCCUCGCCGACAUUCGCUCGUUGCGCCAAUGGCACAAUGAGAAGGUCUAUCCAUCGGCGACGUCGUCGUCGGAGCCGACGCCGUUCGUGCCGCCGUCGAUCGUCACACCGCCGCCGUCGAGCAGCCACAAAUCGUCGUUCAUCGAACGCCAUCAAUCGAUCGCCAAUCUACUCGAGCGACCCGUCGCCGAUCGUCCGCUCAAUUUGUGCGUUCGCGAUUCUAGUGCAUCGUCGGCCGCCGGCUCGCCAAUAUGA